AAUUAGGGUUUGUGCGUUGGUUCAGAGCAGCAAUGGUGAAGGGGAGGCAAGGCGAGCGCGUGAGACUCUACGUCCGCGGUACAAUCCUCGGAUACAAAAGGUCGAAGUCGAACCAGUAUCCAAACACGUCGCUGGUUCAGGUAGAGGGCGUGAACACUCAGGAGGAAGUGGCAUGGUAUCUCGGGAAGAAAUUGGCCUACAUUUACAAAGCCAAAGUUAAGAAGAACGGCUCUCACUAUCGCUGCAUUUGGGGCAAGGUCGCGCGUCCCCACGGCAACAGCGGCGUCGUUCGCGCCAAAUUCAAGUCCAAUCUCCCUCCCAAAUCCAUGGGAGCUAAAGUGAGGGUUUUUAUGUAUCCGAGCAACAUUUGAAGUGACCACCACCACUCAAGAUUUACGUUACAUAUGUAAGUGAAAUUCCCGUUGUCAUAUGAUGCGUGAAUUGAGCUUGUUUUGUGACUAUAAAACAGUUCUUUGACUUAUAAUUUUGCUUUUGUUUUUGAA